AUGCAGGAGGAGCUGCUGCUGCUGCUGGCUGACGAGGCGGCGCUGGAGCUGGUGGCGCUGGCGGCCGGCCACUCACGAGACAGGCCCUUCAAGUCUGACGCUGUGCUGCUGCUGGACGCGCUGUGCGAGGUCUUCAAAGGCGUCGACCCCGCGGCCGUUGCCGCCGCCGAGGCGCCCGCCGCGCGGCGCGCCGCCGCGCAGGCGGCGGGGCCGGCCGGGCGGCCGAAGCCCGCCCCGCGGGCCCAGGGGCCGCCCCCGAGCAUGCGCCACGGCCGCUUCAAGUCGACCCUCGUGACGCGCCACGCCGACUCGGCGCGCGCAACAUACCAGCGCGUCGGCGGCGGCGCUGCGGGCGCUGCGGCGGCGGCGCCGGCGAUCAAUACAAAGGUGCCCGACCCCCCGUCGCACAGCGCAGGCGGCGCGCUGCUGUGGCAGCUGCGGCGCUAUGCGGACUCCCUCCUGGAGGGCCCAUACAACGUGCUCAUGGCCCACAUCAGGCGCGUACGUAACUGGAAGCGUCGCGGCGCCGCCGCGCGCGCCGCCCAAACCCUCCGCCUGUCCCUGCCACGAGCGCGGUCGCGGCGCGCCGCGGCCGCCCGGCGCCGGCCCUUUUGCGGCGGGGCACGCGCCGCGCGCCGCCUCGAGCCGGGACUGGGCAUCAGCCGCCUGGAGGCGGCUGAUUUUGUCAAGUGGAUGACCCUGGCUUCCUGGGCCACAGCCUACGUGCGCGCCAAGCAGGAGCGCGAGCUGGAGGCGCGCGGCGGCCGGCGGCCCGAGGAGGGUGCGGCAUCGCCGUUUGGGUGCAUCAGCGCCACCAUGGGGUGGGAGACCUUUGCCUUAGUCCACAAGCUGUGGGUGGAGCAGGCGGAGAUAAACCCAGGCCGCAACAACUCCAAGGACUGGCCCCUGCAGCACUGCGCCACGCGCCUGCUGCGCGAGGUGCUGGGCGUGCUGGACCUGGCGGACAGGGCCGGCACCCGGGACGACCGCCACGCGGCCGACAGGCUCGCGCGCAGGCUGCUCCACGAUGACAUGAAGGAGAGCGGCCUGCUGCCCGUCCUGGCGAAGCUCAUCAAGAAGUUCAGCGCGAGGCACGAGCCACGCAGCGCGGCGUGCGUCUUGGCUGAGGCGGUGCACCUGGUGCUGCGGCUGUACGACAGGCUGGUGGCGCGGGAGGGCGGGAAAUUCUAUGUCAG